GGUUUAAGAUCGCGCUUCACGAUUACCCGUUUAGCAAUAAUGUUAUUCGUUACUCAAGCGCACUCGCGCAUUCUGCUGCACCUGCAGCGACUGAUCCUGACCAACGGCGUCGUGGAUUCUCUGGUUUCAGCUCUCUGUCUGGUCGCAUUGUCGGCGGCGUCUGGUGGUUCUUCACCCUGAUCAUCAUCUCGUCCUACACGGCCAACCUGGCCGCCUUCCUGACCGUGGAGAGGAUGGUGUCUCCUAUAGAGAGCGCCGAGGACCUGGCCAAGCAGACGGAGAUCGCCUACGGGACGUUGGAUGCCGGUUCGACGAAGGAGUUCUUCAGGAGGUCAAAGAUCGCCGUGUUUGAGAAGAUGUGGUCCUACAUGAAGUCGGCGGACCCGUCGGUGUUUGUCAAAACGACGGACGAGGGAGUGAUGCGGGUCAGGAAAUCCAAAGGCAAGUACGCCUACCUGCUGGAGUCCACGAUGAACGAGUACAUAGAGCAGAGGAAGCCAUGCGACACGAUGAAGGUGGGAGGAAACCUGGACUCAAAAGGUUAUGGGAUUGCCACGCCCAAGCGCUCCCCUCUAAGAAACCCAGUAAACCUGGCAGUGUUAAAACUGAACGAGCAGGGCCUCUUGGACAAAUUGAAAAACAAGUGGUGGUACGACAAAGGAGAGUGCGGCAGCGGGGGAGGGGACUCCAAGGACAAGACGAGCGCUCUGAGCCUCAGCAAUGUGGCAGGAGUCUUCUACAUCCUGAUCGGAGGCCUGGGCCUGGCCAUGCUGGUGGCGCUGGUGGAGUUCUGCUACAAGUCCCGGACCGAGUCGCGCCGAAUGAAGCAGUCCAUCAACGAUGCCAUGCGCUGCUCCACCUUGACCAGGAUGAGUGGUAACGGGAGCGGAGGAGAGAACGGACGAAUCCUCACCCACGACUUCCCCAAGACGGUUCAGACGCUGCCCUGUAUGAGCCACACCGCCAGCAUGGGACUGGGAACCUCCGGCAUGUGAUCACCACCAUCUCGUCCCGCUGGGAUCGACGGGAUCGUCAGGGUUGGGUGGGGUGGGGCGGGGCGGGAGGGGGGUGGUGUAGGGGGGGGCAGAACGGGAGCACUAAAAACCAUGGCCGUCUGGUUUUUGACCAACCUACUCUCCUGGCUGUCAAUCUGCUUGACUUAAAAAAGAAAAAGGAAAAAAAAGACGAAAAUAAUUAAGACUUGAACUUACUGCCAAAAUGCACUCUCCAGACCGCUCCCAAAUAAACUAUGAACAGCAACUCCACGUUUUUUUUUUUAAAUAAAAGGAUUUUUAAAAAAAAAAAAAAAAAGAAACAAAGAAAUGUGCUGCAAUAAAAAAUAAAGAAAAGCCGUCAACGGGGCGUGAUUUUGACAUUUUUUACAGUGUUCAUCUGUGUGGAAUUGAAAAAAAAGGACUUAUUCUUCAGUGUGACGACUGCGCUGUGCCAUUUUGAUGGAGCUGUUGACCUUCGUCUGUGUGUGCAAUACUCUCACCUCCACUGCUGGCCGGAUGCUUUCCGACCGGCCGGCGGGAUGCGUCUUUUGCACGGAUCGGACGUGGGAGGGAGGCGGACACUUGUGACUGCUCUUACAUUGUUUUUGGGGACAUUUGCCCUUCCCGUUCACUCCCUUUUUCACAAACACUCCAUUUUGGAAGAGAAGAUUGCUUUGUUAAGCAGUUUUUAUGAUAAAGUGCUAUGGUUUACACUGCUGUGAUAGCAUAGAGCCUUGAUGGAAAAGGUCCGAGUUCUGGCCCGGUGAAGAUGACUUGCUGAGGGACUCGGCUACAAUGAACAAGCGUUGCUGCUACACCUCAUUUCACUCCUCUUGCCUCGUCUUGCUGCCGUAUUAUCAUUUGACCCAAAUACACACAGACACAAAGACAGGCGAAAGUAUUCGCCCCCGCUUGGCUUUUUUUUUGUGUUUUUCUGCCUCACAACCUGGAAUUAAACUGGAUUAUUUUAAGGAAUGCAUCAUUUUGUUUACAACUUUGAACAUCUUCCCCUGGGAUUUUUGCCCAUUCCUCAAGGCAAAUGUGCUCUGGCUCCUUCAACUUAGAUAGUUCUCAAUUGGAUCAAGGUCCAGGCUUUGAUUAGGCCAUUCCAAUACAUUCACACGUUUCCUCUUAAAUCGUACUACUGUUGCUUUAGCAGUACGCUUUGAGCCAUUGUCCUGUUGGAAGGUGAACCUUAAUUUUGAGCCAGAGAUGGUGGUUUGCUUGGUAACUGAAAAGUUUAAUUUCGGUCUCGUCUGACCAAAGUCAGGGAGUCUCCCUCCUGCCUUUUGGCAAACUUAAGACAGUGACAGUGGUAGGAGUUCAUCUUGUAAUCUGUGGGUUCGAAUCUCUGCUCCGUUUGCCUCACCCACCUUGUCCGUCGGUGGCGGUCAGUCUUAAAUUCAUUACAAAUGUAACGUCUGAAUUGGUUGCACCUUUUAGAGGCUUCAUAGCAAAAGGAGUGAAAAGAUGUGCACAAGCCAAUUAUCAGUUUUUAUCUCAAAAAUAUGUUUUAAGAUUAACAUAAAACAUUUAAAUACAGGUUGUAAUGUAACAAAACACACACACACACAAAAAUGCCAAGAGCGGUGAAUACUUUCGCAAGCCGCUGUAAACUCCACUCCUGUCGCUUCUUGGUCGUUGUUUGGGCGGUUUGUGGUUAAAUUCAGAGACGUCUAUCUUGAAGGGGG